AUGCUUGUAUUUGUAAUACAUAAUUCUGAAGAGGGCACAGAAGAAAUUAUAACAGAUGCUGAUGCUGAUACAGAAGGAGAGCUGCAGAUAAUUGCAGAGUGCUGGAUAGAGCCACAGCAUGGCAUUGUUAUUAACAGCCCACCAGAAAGGUCUUACAUGAAUAAUCUCCCCUAUCACAAAUUGGCAGAUGCGAUAUGCAGUGUUGAUUAUGAGUGUAUCUCCUGCCUGCUUACAUUUGAACACCUAAGUCUGAUGUGCAAAGGUGAUCAAGUGUCAUCCCCUAUUAGAUCAUUAGCUGAUGGCCAGACUGUUAAUAAUCCUUACCAAAGGGUAAUUGACUACUUGAAGAACUGUGACAGUUCUGAAAUACAAGCAGCAACAUUUUUUGAAGAGAGAAUAAACCACAUUCCAUUUCCAUUUAACCUGAUGCAUGUAUUGCCAAAAUGUCAGCAGGCUGAAUUAUUGCUGUCUACAUUUAUACAAGAUCUCAGUGGUAAUGCUUACAUGGAGAAAAGGAACUCUUCAUCAUCAUCUACUCUUCCAGAAGAUGGGCCAAAUAAUUUGCUUCUUGAUGCUUUGUAUGAGCAUCUGAAAAAGCUUCACAAUAAAGAACUAAACCUGAGUGAUGAUGACUGUGCGAAGUUUCAACAACUGUUAAUAGCAAGACAGAGGGAAGGAAGCACUUAUCCAUUACCAGUUCCUUGCAGUGAUGCAGAUGAUUCUGAUGGAAUACCCAUUCCAAAGUGGAGAUGUUUUCUGAAAGGGAUAAGUGUUACACAUGUAAUGCUGACAUUUGUGCCGGCUACAUACACGGACCUGAAAAAUCUCAUGCUUUCAGGAGAUAUUUGGAUGACCAAAGACACCUUGGCGGUAAACAUCUGGAACAAUGUAGAUGAAAAUUUACAUUUGGAACUUGUCAGUAUUUCAAAUAGUGAACAAAGGGUUAAUGAGAAAGGAGCCAUAUAUUCAAGUUUGGACAGGCUUAGCUCACUUGUAGAUAUUCCGCAAAAAGUAGCUGGUGGCUCCUCGGUCACAGCAACUACUCCAGCAUCUUCAUUGUCUCGUAGGUCAUCAUGUGAUGCUUCACAAAUCCAUGGCAAUAUAGCUCAUUUAAAACUUCAGGCUAGUGGAGAGUCAUCUUGUGACUUUCUCAAUGAAACACCGUUUCGUAUACGAGCUAGUUCUCUGGAUGCAGUAACAAAGCGAACAGUACGUGACAUACCAUAUAAACUCUUCUUAAAAACAGGAUCACUUACUGAAGAUCUUGCUGCCACUGAUGAUUCGGUGCUAAGGAAUAAGCAUUCUGGUGGAGAGAACAGCAGUAGCUCAAAGAUGGGUGUUUCAUAUCAACAGAAAACAUUAUUGCAUAAGGCUGAUGAGAUACCAUUGCUAAAAAGAAAACCAUCAUCUAAUUCAACUAGUGAAAAGAAUCAGAGUAGUGCUGAGGAGCGAAAACCUGUAUAUGGUUCAGUUACAUUACCAGUCUAUAUGUAUGACUGCUCACUCUCUGUUUUAAUGGAAGCUCUAGUGUAUAAAGAUUCUGCUAAUAAAGCAGUUAAAGAUAUUUAUGAUGAUCAGCGGCGUAAAAUUGAAGCUGAACUGUCAAGUGACUAUCUUCCAAACUGUGAAUUUGAUAUAAAGAGCAAGAAAACAGACGAAACUGUUUACAAACACUCCAAUUCAGAAUCAAAAUCUGAAGACUCCGAUUCUACUUUAGACAGGCCUACUCUAAAACAACACUGCAAAUUAAUUAGUUUGGCAUUCUAUAGAUGCUAUGUUUACACAGUAUUUAAAUCAUUGCGGCAGAGUUAUGUUAUGCAUGGAGCAGAUAUUCAGGCUGCAGUUGCUGAAUGUGAAGAAAAUUUGAUUGAGAUUAAUAUAACAAGUUUCUUGAUGACCGCAUGUGGUCACCUCAAGGACAUUCAAAUGAACAGUCAGAAAGAUGUGAACGUUGUGGAAAUAAUAUCAAACACUGACAGUGAUGAAAAGAAACAGCCAAAACCAGAUGCAUUAUGUGACACAAAUAAAGAUGAAACAUCUGCAGAACAACUUCAGGAAGCAACUGAAACACUUAAAUUAGAAACAAGAGUAGAAAAUGUUUUAAUGCUGCCAUUGUCAAAACUACAGGAGUCCGUAAUAUGCAAAGAACUGAAACAGUUGCAUAAUAUGAUCAAACAAAAAUUUAAGAACAUUUUGAGGGUGUAUUUCAAACCUGUUCCCUCACACCAGGAGUAUUACUUUUGUGAUCCAGACUGGGAAAAGAUACAUAUGGAUAUGGGCUCAUAUGACAUUGAAAUUGAAGGAGAGAUCAGGAAAACUGAAACUGGAGAUGCUGCAGAUGUUGAGACUUUCAAUUCAGAGUUGGUGGAAUUUCAGCCACAGCACUGUGGAAUACCGGUGACUGGCUGGGAGGCUCACCCUCUUCAAACUCCAGAUGAUGCCCGAACAUCACUUCUCUCUAACAUGGACUCUGAUAGUAUCAGUGAUAUAGAAGAUGAUGACAUAUCAGAUGAAGCACCACCAUUGUUCCUUCAUUUGACCUGCACUAUUCAUGCUAAGGGUAGCUCUGGAAGCUGCACAGUUACAACUUUGCCAACAUGCAUAAGUGAACUAACGGAGUGCUUGGAAAAUCCAGAUGCAGACAUAAAUGUCAGUGGCCUACAGGUAACGUUGGAUGUGUUUUGCCUAACUUUGCCACACACUGUGGAAUUUGUUACUUCAGAGAAGACAUUAACUGAAAUGAGAAGUACCUCAUUCUGCAGUUCAUCUCCAGUGCCAACAGAUGGAACUAAUUCACCUGCCAGAUCUACACACAGCAGUCUUACAUCAAAUCAUCAGUAUGUUUCGGGGUCUGCAGCUGACUUUUUGCAGCAUCUUCCAGAUUAUCAACAUAAAGCUGUUGCAACAUCUGUUGAAGAGAUUGAAUGGUUGCUGCGUGAUUGGAGAGCAACAUUCCUGCUCGAUGUAUUUCCUAUUCGAGAGGAGACUUUGGAGUUUGUUGCAAAGCAUGUGGGAAGUUCACUCGGUCGUUCAAGUUGUUUGCUUGAAAAAGUUCCUUUACAGUUUGUCUUUGGGCCAAGUCAAAGUCUUGAGAGAUUCAUUCAGGAAUUCAGCAAUUUAGCAGUUAGUGGUUAUCAUCUUAUACAACUUGGACAGUUUUAUUAUCUUGUCAAAAAUAAGACUCGGUCAUCAAGGAGAAACAGUUCUUUAAUUCCAACUGUAGGAAACAAAGUCUCGUAUCAACCACACAUGACCGACUGUGCUGAGCUGUAUGCAGAACCUCGAGAAAGGCUUACAGAUAGAGAGUCAAGUGCAGAGAAUGGAAUACCUGAGAGUGUAACUAACACAACCAUGGAAACUUUGGCCAGUGAAGACAAUAUUUCUGCUGUAAAAAGUCUUUGGAAAAUACAAGACAUAAGUAGUAGGAGGAAAACACAGCUAGAAGACAGUGAUUCUGAUGAAGACUCAGAGUGCCAGAAACAGCGCAGAAAGGAAAAGAAAACUGCCCAGAGUAAAGGAAAAGUAGAACAGUGGGCUUGUUCAGCUGCAGCAGAACAUGAGACACUGUCACUCUCAGCUUCACCAUCCCUCCCUCUUACAGGCCAGGAUAAUGAAAACAGACCCAAUUCAUCAGUAGUCAGAAGCCAGAGUUGUGAAGUUGUACAGUGUGGUGGAGAAGAAUUAAAUCAAGAUGCAGAAGCUGAAACAGUAAUUCCUCCUUUGAACUAUCUACAGUGGAGUAAAAAACAACUAGCUUCUGAGUACAGAAGUGAAGUGUCAAGUCUUGUUGAGAGUGGCCAAGGAACAGAAGAUGGUUAUGAGGGAGACAGCAGUGACUCAGCUGAUGAAUGUGAUUGGCUUCAAGAUAUGGAAACACGCAGGCCAUCACUUCCUAACUUCUGGUUAAUUAUGAAAGUAAAUGAAGAUGCUGUAAUUACAUACUUUCAUUGCAGAUUUAACGAGAUGGAGAAUGAUAAAGUUAGAGCUUACAGAGAUGUUCAGCGGAAUAUGAUCAAAAAUAUUAAGGACUUAUGUAAACUUGUAAAUCAGACAAUGUUGCUACAAAAUUUACAUGACACGCGAAUGUGUGAUCAGCUUUUGGAACCAGAAACUAGUGAAGAUAUAUGGCCUUCAUCAGCAGAACUUUCUCAAUCAUCUAGUCAUCCUGUCAGUCGUUUGAAGUCUACUGAUGAUGGAACAGACAAUGAAUAUCAGUCAAAUUAUUUAGAUGCAACAACAAAAUUUAUGCCUGGAUGGUUUGCAUGUAAUGUUGUUUGGGAAACUUAUUUUUCCCUCCAUCCUCGGUUGAAGACAGGCCCAGGAAAGCCUGCUUUGUCUCGUGGCAUCCAAGCUCUGCGUUCUGUUCUGAACCGCUUUUCAGUUAAUAAUCGCAAAAAUAUGUUUGUUUAUCAGGAUCAUACAGGAAAUGUGUUUUAUUUGAGGUUACAUGAAAAUGUGCAUUUAUCUUGCAAGCUUGGUCUCACUGGACCUCCUAAAUCAGACACUGAUGAUAAUUCACCUGGGCCUGUAUCAAGAAGCUCAUCAUUGACCUCAUUAAACAUUUCAACCAGAAAGCAGCCCAGUUUCGUUUCAGAAGAUGGUCUCAGUAGUCAAGCAGAGGAAAUAGCUAGGAGAAAAUCAUUUGGGGAAAGAGAUGCACCUGCUGUGCCUAAUGGUUCUGGCUCCAAUGAUGGUGUAGUAGCCUGUGCCACACCACAACCACCAGCUGUGAAGCCUGAUGAUGUUAUAUUUUUAAAAGUUCAUGGUAUUUCUGAAGCAGGUCCAGAAAUAAAAGAAGAACUCAUCCAAGUUCUUCAAAACCGUUUGGAUGAUGCAAUAUUGGAAGUUCUUUCUGUGAUGCUAGCAAGGAAUCCAAUGUGCAAACUUACGCCUGAAGAUGUGCAUUUUAUACAAAGACCCUAUAAAUAUCCAGAAUCAAUAGUGAAGUUUAGUGUACCAAAACAUGCACUGGAACACAUUCAGGCAUUGGAGUACUAUCUACGCCAGAAUAUACUGCAGUUUUUGUACACUCCAAAGUACACAGAUCCACACCCUGAAUACCAUUUUCAGGAUUACUCGCAGCUAGAAACAUCAGAGAAACGAGUACCUGAAACUGAUAUAUUCCUAUACAACCAGAGCCCUGCAUCUGGAAAUAAGGGAAUUGCAUGUAUUGCAAUAGCAGUGGUAGACCAUUCUGGUUUUCUCUUACAUCAUUCAAGGUACCCAAAACCAUCAAGAGAUGCAUACAGUCAAGAAGUAAAUCCCGAAGACUUUGAUUCACUGACAUGUGUGUUACCCAGCUAUGAAGAGAAUUCUGAUGAUUCAGAAGAAAUGGCAUUUAUGGAAUUCCGCAUAUGGAAACAAGGCAGAGUUAACAUUGAAUCUCUGACACUGAAAAUAAAAUCAUCUGUUCGGCAUGCUUUAUGGGAUCUACUAACAGAGUAUCACCUGCUUACAGCACCAUUUACAGUUCCUCUGACUUCUGCUGUGAACCUGAAGACAGUAUCUACUGUUGAAAGACAAUCAUCUCUUCCUGAUGAAGAUGCUGUUACUGAAGAAAUGUCAACCAAAAUGCCCAUGCAGGAAGAUGACACAGCUGUAGCUGGGGACCUUUUAAAUGAGUAUGAAUCUGGAGAAAGUGGAAUUCUGCAUAAGAUGUAUGCCAGUGUAAUUAAUGAGUGGCUUGAAUUUGCUGUUCAGAUAGGAGUUCCAGCUGUGAAAAGGUUCUGUGUUACCCUAACAUCAAGGCAUUCAUUGUCUGUGACAGUUAAGGAGCUUAAGAAUCUUGUUGUCUUGAAUGCACAAGACACAACUGCACUCGUGUUUAACAGAGUAACAAAUGAACAUCAGCUUGAGGAGGAGGAAGAUGUAUUUGUACCUGUGAGUGUGUCUGAUAGUGACAUACAUGAUCAGCCAAGGACUGAUUCCAAAAGCCUUAUUGUAGGCAGAAACCUAGCACAGUGGAAGGCAUGCCUAACAGAUGAUGGAGUUUUUGACAAUGAUGUCCUAGAUCCAAAAGCCCAGAAAGGAUUUCAAAAGUUUCCACCCCUUCUUGAGUUAGUGGGAGAGAACACAUGUUUUGUGCCACGUCAGAGGUUUCUUUUUGCUGUUUUAAAUGAGUUGCAGAUGAUUGUGUACACCUAUAACUGGUCAAAAGAUAGAGUGGAAAAUUUGAAUAAACAGGUUCAUCUCUUGGGACAGUGGCUAAGUGCACGUUCAGGCCUGCUCACGUGCCUGACAGCACAAAAACUUGGACUGUUUCACAAUCAGGAAGUUGCUCGAAAACGGCAUACAGGUCUUCAUCCUCAGAGCAUGAAUAUCUACAUGUCGCACAUGACAGAAGUGGAGCAACUAAUAAAAUUUUCACCAACUUCAGCACUGCUGAAAGAUUUACCUUCUCGGCGUCAGAUGUCGAGCACACAUUCCCUCAAUGCAGUAACUCGAAAUGUUUUUCGUGACAGUAAAGUCAAUCGACAACCCUUUAAAAAUUCGUCAACCUCUGAUCCAGUUUUCCAUAUCAUUCAGCAAAUGAUGGAAGCACGGAAUAUGGACAAGAGAGAAGACCAGAAGAAGCUGUAUAUAAUGUGGCAAACGCGCGGUGCUACUCCAAACAUACCACUGGAUGAGGAUAUUAUUGAUGUCUUUAAAAGUCAUUCAAGAGUAAUUCAUUAUUGUCUAACUCCAUUGCUGUUUUUACCAAGAUGGCGUAUCCAAGCAGCUGCCACACGGGACCACUUACUCAGUCUUUCAACCUCAGGGACUUCACCUGUCCUUAAUGUUGAAGACUCACCUGACCACUCACAGAAGAAUAACAGUCCUGCUAGCACAGCAAAAGAUACUGAAGAUAGUUCAAGCAUUUGCUCUGAAACAUCUUCACGUCGUUCGGUAGAAGAAAAAUGGCACAGUACUUUAUGUGCCAAUUUUGUUCUUGAAUAUAAACAAUAUCUCCAAACACUUGGAUUCAUUACAAUACAGACAAAGCCUGCUGCUGUAAAGAAAAGUCAUAAGCGAUCACAGAAAAAGAAAGAUGAUGAUGAUGGGAAGAAGAGUUUACAGAAUCUUUCCCCCACAGAACUUGUAGAGAGAGGUGUGUGGUAUCUUCAGAAGUCACUUCUUGGCGGAAUUCUUCUGUUUGAAAUCUCAUUUUGUGAGCCAUUUUUGCUUGCAAAGCUGCACGCCUUAGAAUGCUCUCGCCUUCAGUCAAAGACAUCUAGUGCUCUAAUAUCUCAGUUUACACUUAGCUUCCUGGAUGAAUGUGAUAAAAUCAAGAUCCUGAUGCAUUUGCAUUCAUUCACAUAUGAUUACCAUUUGAGAAGCAUUGCUGGCUACGUAUCAGGUCGCCAAGCGCUUCUUCGUCAGGGUUAUCAUUUAACCCAUUUUCUGGAAGAUUUUAUGAAGUACUACUCCAAAGCUCCCAAUUUUGCAAGAAACCUUGUAUAUGCAGAUGUACUGGAUGUGGAAGACCUGACAACACCAGCCCGUCAACUUUUCAACUACCUUUUGAGUCAUGAGAAGCAGUAUCGAAUGGAAGUUUUUCGAAUGGUUCCAGUGACUUAUGAAAUUGAUACUCCAUAUGAUAAUGAAUAUGUUCUUGUUCAACUUGAAAAUACACCUCAUAUCACAUAUAAAGAUGCUCAUGAUGUGAAACGUACAGAUGAUUUUGAUAUCACCUUGAUUGUAUCUCAUAAUUCAUUUUUAUAUGAUCAAGCUGAGAAGUCCAUUGAAGAGUCAACAUUACGGCUGAAAUAUUACAUUAUUUUAACAAGUCGCAGGGAACUGUACCCGAAGCUAGAAAUUGAAAGGAAACUUGGAAAGUUCUGCACAGUUUCAACUGCUACACAUGAACAACCACAGCAGCCUUUGCCUGAUGACCAGUGCAGUGAUAAGAAUGCUUCUGACAGUGAAACUGUUCACAGCGGGCUUGAAUCAUCAACAAGUUCAGAACAUACAAAGGACAUCAGUGUCCCAACACAAACACAGAUAAGACAAGAAUCUGUGAACUACUUGGGCUACUAUUCGUCACACGAACAGUUGAUGCAGCAGCUUAUUUUGGAACAAGCAUCCACUUCAUGUAAUCGCAUAAAGAGCAUGGUAGCAAAAGGAAUGGUUGAUUGCAGAACUCAUUUGUUAUGGGAUAAACUUCAGUGUUCUCCAAAAGACACCAAGGAAAUGACAAGUAAUUCGGACCUAAGAUAUAGUGAGUUCUGUGAAUUAUGUGAAUUGGCUGUUACUGAACCACUUAGUCAUCUUGACCCUCGUCUUGGUCCACUGUUAUGUCAGCCCAUAACAUGGUAUGAAAACUUAGCAAGAACCCUGCUGUACAAGUAUUCUGAACAUAGCCGCCAUUUUGAAGCACCAGAUGGAAGCACGCAACAUAUUGUGAUCCUGCACCCACGAUAUCUUGAAGCAUUCAUGAUGCUUUCCAUUGACUUCCUAACCUCGAGAGGUAAUCUGUGCAUAGUGUAUCGGAAACCACAAGAAGGGGGACAUGCUGCAAAUCAGUUGGAAUUUUGUCAAGAUGACAUCAGGUCAUUAGUUGAAGGAUUUGUGAAUGCUUGCUGCUUCCGUCUUUGGAUUGGAUUAUUAUAGAAUGUGUUACAGAUGAUAAAGGCAGCAUGGCAUUACACUUCUAAGAAUGUUGUUCACUGUUAAUAAUUGCUGUUUAGUUUUCUUAAUGCCAUGACAUUUUGUAUGAAAUGAUAUAUUUUGAUAUUUAAAAUGGCAUGCAACUUUAUUUUUAAUGUUGUACAUAAAAUCAUAUUUUUGCUAGCACUAUGUUUAUAAAAAGUCAUAACUCAUUAAAAGAGCUAUUAUUGGGAAUAGUUACCAGAAAUUAUAUUUUAAAUGUGCUAGUUACCACUAAGUUCAGUGUUUCAAGUUUUCUACCAUACACAGAUCUGCAUACAACAUUUUUGCUAUGCCGCAAAAAGCAUGAAAGGAAGCAGGAAAUGGGUAUUGUUUGUUUCUGUGCUAGAGGGUACACUAAAUAAAUUUAGACAUACCAACCAAAAUUUCACCCUCAAUAAACAAAAUGUAUUGUAUACAGACUUCAUAACCCAUUAACUUAGUGCUAAUGCAAAGAAAUGAAGGCAAAUGAAUUUGUUCUGAGGUGUGUAGAAUAUUAAAGUCAGUGUAAGAGGGAAAGGGGGAACUGCUGUAAUAAUCCCACAGACGCUGCCAAAAACUAUGAAUUUUGUUGAUAAUAUGGUUGAAAUUUAUUUCUUUAGUAUUAUUUUUUUUAAAUUUUUAUGGAAUUUGUUCAUGUUAUUGUGCCUUAUUUCUCAGUUACUGCACAGAAAUGAAGGUAAAUUAAUUAGUUGUAAAAUUUGUAUGUAAUGAAAGUCAGUGCAGGAGAAGAUAUAUAUUUUCAAAAAUGUAUAAUUUUUGUCAACAGUUUUGGUCUGCUAAUAUUUUGUUCUUUUUAAAACAAUUUUUGUGGAUUUUUAAUUGUUUUUGCACUUUGUCUAUCAUUAAUUCUCCUUCUUUGUUUUUAAAAGUUUCUCAGUCAUAGCCAUUUGGGCUUGACAAUGUUGUAGAUGUGACUAUUAUUUCACAAAGAGAUUGUACUGAUAUAUUUUAUGUUUUAUUACUAUAUACUGAGAGAGAGAAUUUGUGUCUUCAUUCAUAAUUUAACUACAGAAAUGUCUGCUUUCGACAAGAAAGAUAACAUUCAUACAGACUGUUGGCUCAAGUUUUAAUUUAAUGUAGGUACAUGUUAAUUGCACUGAUUAAUAGAGAAGGUUUGUAAACAAGGAUGUAUACAUUUCUCACUGAAAAAAGCACAAUUUGAAAUUUAAGAUCAACAAGAUCUUGGGUAAACAUGAUAUUGCCAAUAGAAUAGACGUACAUAAUUAUGUGAAGGUGGCAAUUCAAUGGAGCUGCCCUUUAAGUAAACAAGCAAUGUGCCAAGCUAGAGAAUAAGGAAAUAAAUAGAGAGAUGGUAGUUUCAUUUCUGCUGCAAAUGCCAAAGGUAAUUGUCUGUCUUUUUUGGUUGUUAUUACUAUUAUCAUUAUUGUUAUUUCAGAGAUUUUAUUUUAUGUUACUAGUUUUUAGAGUACCUUAAAAUAUGAUGUUAUUGUACAUGAAAUAGACAUUUUUAUAUCCUUAUAGUGAAUUAAACUUAUACAUGAAGAGACAAGUCUCUUUGUUAGUAACAGCACAUUUAUAAAUAUUUUGUAUGGACAUCCGUCCAUCUCAUACGAGGUGGGGGAUGGUGGGUUUAAGGUAAAUGAGAGGUAUAGCGCAAUGAUGGAAAAUCAGUUCUAGAAGUGUAUGAGAUUCCUGUAACGAAUGAAAACUCUGCACUCCAGAUUCCAGUGUGACUGGAAGGGAGGGGGGUUAGAGUAGGCAAGUGCUUGCUCUUUGCUCUUUGCAGCCCCCUCCCCCCACCUUUGCAGAUGCCUAUGACUGUAUCCAUUUUCUGUGGAUUUUUGACAAGCAGCAUUUAACAAUUUUGCCUCUGCUUGAUGUGCUUUGUGUCCAUUUCAUUUACAAUAAUACUACAUAUAAGCUACAGUUGUUAUGUUGGUGUUUUUGUUCAUAAUAUUUAUUGUAAUGCACAAAAUUGUAUGCCUAUCUCUGUUCAAUCUUACUGCUGUUAUUUAAUGCUUCUAAAAGUGGUGAUACUUUUUUUCCACUUUCUACUCAGGAAUUCAAAACUACAUUUCUUACUAAUGUUUUAUCAUUAUUGUUUAUUGUUAUACUGAACAACCCAUGUAAUAACUACCCUGAUGGAUUGCACAAAAAGGUUGUUUCCUUUUUGACAUUCUUUAAACAAAAGGAGGACUGAUAAUCUCUGCAUAAAUUAUCUCCUCCUGCAUCAAUAUUGAGCAGGAAGUUGUUCACUCUAGUAAAUUAUUUUAUAUGAACACAGUAUGAUUACCUGUCAAUAUUGUUAUAGCUGAAAUUAAGUGCUCAUCUGGUAUGUGGAGACUUCUCAAUCCAUGAAUAGAUUUAUUAAGUGGAUGUGAUACUUGUACUUUAUGUACUCAUCACUGUGUACUGUAAGGCUUACAAAGUACAGAUGUAGAAUAAAAAAACCAGUUGUAAAUGACAACUGUUAACUGAAAACCAUGUAGAUUCAUUGACCAGUAGAGUGCUUGUUUUUAUAAGUUUAUCUUAAUUUUAUUUUUUUAUUUUCAGAUACUGUAAAGUACACUAUUUUAAUAUGACUGUUACUAUGUAAUUUCAUUAAUUUUAUAAGCCAGUGUGAUGAUUUUAUUUUGAGAAUGCUUAUUUAUGAACUCCAGUAACUGCAAAUUAAGUGGAGUCUAUACAGCUCUCUGCUGCCAACCAGAGAGAAAGUGGUAAUUGUUGCAGCUGUACUUUCAGCUACAUUCCUUGUAUAUUCUACAGUUUACAAUUACAUACAUAGCUUAUAAUUGUGGUAGCCCUAUCUCUCUCUCUCUCUCUCUCUCUCUCUCUCUCUCUCUCUCUCUGUGUGUGUGUGUGUGUGUGUGUGUGUCCAGGGGAGCAUGGUGUUUCUAGAAUUUCUGUGAAGUUUUUCUGAGAAUACACAGAAUGGAUACCUAUUAAAGAGAAAUUUGAUCUCAACUGUAAAUAUUAUUUGUGCACUGUAAAAUCUCCAUUAAUAAAGAAGUUCAGUGAGAAAAAUAAUGUGAUAGUGAGAUGAUACAGUGUGGGGAACUAUGUGUAAAUGUAGGAUAUCUCCAGUGUUUUCAGUUACUGUAAUAAAAUAUACAUAUUG